CGCACGGCAAGGUACCACUCGGCUGUCGGCACCUCAAGUCAAACUUUGAUCCAAAGGCGAGUCAAACAACCACAUGCAUGAUGCAUGAUUCAUCACUCGCAUCGACCUAUAUAAUUCUCCCCAAAUAAAUGGAACUGGCAGUCUGCUCAGUGCUCACCAGUACUCUGCUUUGCUCUUCCACCAUGGCCUCAACAACCACCACCGGCAUCACGAAGCCCGGCCCAGUCCCGUUCACGGAGGUCGACGACGGCACAAUCCCGAAGCGCCCAGCCAAGGAAGAGUUCGGCGAUCUCGUGGCAACUCUGCCCCACAAGCAGCAAGCCGGCCUCGAUCUCCGGCUGUACCAGUCCUUCUGGCUUCCCGAGCACUGGGUGGCCGGCACCGUGGUCUUCCAGCGCCGCUUCGUCCCGCGGCCCGACGACGUGAUCCUCGCCAGCUACCCCAAGUGCGGCACCACCUGGCUCAAAGCGCUCGCCUUCGCCGCCAUGACCCGCGACCACGACUACGGAUCCAAGACGCACCCGCUCCUCCGCCUCAACCCCCACGACUGCAUCCCGUUCCUCGACGAGAUCUUCGCCGACGGGCAGGAACCCAAGCUCGAGAAGCUCCCUUCCCCGCGGCUCAUGAACACGCACAUGCCAUACACCCUGCUCCCGGGCUCCGUCACCACGGACACCGAUGGCUGCAAAGUGGUGUACAUCUGCAGGGACUCCAAGGACAUGGUGGUCUCGCUGUGGCACUUCCUGCGGCGGCGGCAGCCGGACAUGCCGUUCGAGGAGCUGUUCGAGCACGUGUGCGGCGGCGCCGUGGCGGCCGGCCCGAUCUGGAGCCACGUGCUGGGCUACUGGCACGCGAGCUUGGCCCGGCCAGACAGGGUGCUCUUCCUGAAAUACGAGGACCUGCUGAGGGACCCUUGCGGGAACGUGAGGCGGCUGGCCGCGUUCAUGGGGAAGCCGUUCUCGGCGGCCGAGGAGCUCGCCGGCGCCGUGGAGGGCGUGGUGGGGCUGUGCAGCUUCGAGAAGAUGAAGGGGCUGGAGGUGAACCAGAAGGGCUCGUCGGGGGCGUACCACGCCACGGCCAGGGACGCCUUCUUCCGGAAGGGGGUUGCUGGGGAUUGGGUGAACCAUAUGACGCCGGAGAUGGCGAAGCGGCUGGAUGAGAUCGUUGCGGAGGAGUUCCGUGGCACCGGGCUCGCGGCUCCGUGAUUUGGUAGUGUUCCGGCAUUGCGUUGCGCGUGGUGUGCGUGGGUUGAUUUGUUAAGUCGAUUUUCGUGGUUUUGUUGUGCUACUUUAUUUAUGCUUGGCUGCUGGUGGAUAAGAUGCUGUUCUUCUGUCCACGUUACAAAUUGGCAGUCACUGCCUGUCUAUUAUGUGUACCGAAUAAAGAGACCAAGGACGGUUCUCAAAGGCUUUGCGAGUAUUUUGACGUGUACUGGAAA